GUUUAUUUUUCGUAGUGCUUGUUUUUAUUCCAAAUUUAGUCAUUUAAUGGGAAUGUUUCCAAAUUUUCUGUCAAUUAAUUGUAAUUUUAAUCAAUUUUCUUGCCAUCGAUCGACUUGUGCUUCCUACAAAACCAUAUUUUCCUAAAAAAUAAAUGAAAAAAUCUCUUAAAAAUGCCUCAAAAAAUGCUGGAAUUCAACAAAGCAAUUUGUCUGAUAGAAGCUGUCGAUGAUUUGCGCUUUCCGGUCAUCCGACAUUUAGUAGAGGAGAAAAAUUUCGAUCCAAAUUCCAAAAAUCAACGAGGCUAUUCGGUCGUUCAUUACCUUUGUGGCAUCGAUAACAUCGUCUUUGCCGAACGAACUCUCGUUUAUCUCUUCCAACAUGGAGCAAAAGUCAACGAAGUCACACUUUUUGAGCGUUUUUCGCCGUUGCACAUCGCCGCACUGAACGAUCGUGUCAGCAUCGCCAAAAUUUUGAUCAAACAAGGCGCUGAUAAGAAAAUCCUGGAUGCUGAUAACAAUCCUCCGAUAUUUUAUGCCAUCAAUAACGAAUGUUGGCCCAUGGUUGAGGUCAUCAGAAAUUAUAUUUUACACGAAAAACGUCAAAUACGAAAACAAAAUUCGCGGGAUUUGCUGCAAUCGGCGCAAUUAAACAGCAUUCAAAGCAUCACCAAUGGCAGUAAUGGAACUUUAAACGUUUUUGAGCAAAAUUUAACAGUAGCUGGUGCCAAUUCUGCGUAUUUGGAAGCUGAUCGCUCCAUAACUCCAAGUCGAAUUUCGUACAAUUUCGAUAAAGCUAGUCCAUAUUAUGUUAAUAUCACACAUCGGAGACGAAAUAACACCUCAAGUAAUGCCCGACAAUCGUUAUUCCAAUCAGAAACACAAAAAAAUGUGAAUAUUUUUGAACUAACCGAAGAUAAUUUGGCACAAUUUACUCAAACAAUACGAGAAAGUGGUCGAUUCGAGAUGUUCCAACGAUGGAAAGAUGCUGUUAACGAACAUAAAAAACGAGAAUCUGUCCUGAGCACCAUUUUAAAUGAAAUUGACGAAAUAAUUGGCGAUGACAAUCAACAUUUGGAGGUACUUAUGACGGAAGAUGAGACUUUUGUAACUGCCGAAGCGAGUGAAGACUCCGAAAAAACCUAUAAACCCGAAAAUUUGCAAGUUCCUGUGAGAGAAUCAGACUUCAUCAAGUCUCCAACGCGCACAAAAGGCGCCGAAAUUGUCAUGCAAAUGACCGAACGUUACGUUCACACAGACGACGAGAAAAAUAUCAUAUUUUACGAGAAGAAAUUACUGCCCGUGGAUCCCGUAUCUGAUCAAAUAGACGAAGAAAGCGACAAAAAAUCAACUACUUCAGCAGCUUCGACUGCUUUCAAGCUCAACACGGACUACGAUACGGACCAACUGCGUCAAGAACUCACCCAAUUCGGCGAUAUUCCGGGUCCAAUCACAAAAAGCACCAAAAAAUUGUACUUAAAACGUCUUGUCAAGUACCGACAUGACCCAAAAAUGGCUGAAGAAGCUGCUAUUGCGAAAGCCAACAACAUUCCUGUUUAUUCCUUGGAGCUGCAAAAAACUUUUUCGAACAUUCACACAGGUCUCGAGGCUUUUACGGAGUAUCUCAUGCUGGAAGAAGAGAUGGUGCGUCAUUUCCAACAAAAAAUCUGCAAAAAAAUGCGUGAAGGCAACAAAAAAAUGAGUUUUAUCUACUUGUUGAUGGAUCCUCGUGAGCUAAAUAAUCUCGCCGCCAACCAUUUAUUCAUCUCAAAGGAGCAAGCAUGGCGUCAAUUCAUCAAAGCAAUAUUUUACGUGGGAAAAGGGAAGAAAAGUCGUCCCUAUGCUCAUUUAUAUGAAGCUAUCCGGUAUUACGGACACAUAACUGACGUCGAAGGCGACAAGGAAAACUGCUUCAAUCGUCAUCCACAACCGAAAAAUAGCGGAUUUCGAUCAAAAACACGCCCCGCAUUGAUCGGAAAUCAAUUUCUCGAACCAAUGGAGACUGAAAGUAAGAAACUCAAACGCAUUUUGGACAUUUGGAGUAACGGACAUGGCGUUGUCAGCAUGCAUUUGUUCCAUAACAUCACGCCGAGCGAGGCUUACACGAGAGAAGCGGCAAUUAUCGAUGCGCUUGGCAUGAAUAACUUGACGAAUCAAGUGAGGGGACACUAUUAUGGCAUCAGCGAGUCAUGGACAUUCAAGCAACGCAAGCAAUUGGGAGUUGGAUUGCUCUACAAAGCUCUUCAAAUCCACUUGAUCGAAGGAGAAAGCCAAUUAUUGCCUCACGAUAUCUAAGUUUUAAGCGAAAAAAGUCAAAUAUUUUAGUUUUAUGUGAUCUCAUUUAAAAAUUUUUUAACUGAAUUGUACAAAAAAUCUAUUUUUAAUAUAAAAAAAAAUUUCGGAAUGGAAGAAUUGUAUCAAAAAUUUGUACGAAACCUUUUCAAAAGGCACUUUUUGAGGGGGAAAAAGGAAAAAACUUUAAAAGUUUUGUAAGGAAUCCUUCACCUUUAAC